AGUCCCAGUCCCAGCUGCUACCAGCCUACCAUCAACCACAGUACCACACUCACAAAUCCAACAAUCUAUUCCAGUUCAAUUGAGAUCAAAUCUUUCUAUCUCAGCCACACCAAGAUAUAAAAAGAAAACACGAACUUCGUGUUCGUUAUACCAUCCCAUCAGUCCCCUCUGGCUCACAAGUCACAAGUUAUUAAUAAAUCAAUUAAAAAUAUCAACAAAAAUAGUAAAAAUGGAAACAUGCUCCAUAACUUUGACUUCAAAACCACACUUCCAAAUUCAACGAUCAACUCCCAAAGAUCUUCUUUCCACAGUAUCCAAGUCAAACCUUGCAUCUCAUCAUCCAAUCCAAUAUCAAACAAACUCAGAUCCAUCCAUGUCCUCAAAAUCCCAAACAGCCAAAACAUGAACAACAAACACUUCACCACAUCAAUGUUCACAUAACAAACACAAUCAAUCAAAAUUACAAAGCCAUGACCACAGCACCACCAGACCCAAACCAAAACACUUCAAAGAAAACCAAGAACCUCCUCUGGACCCUGACGCAGCCAGUGGAAUGGGUUCGGAAGCUGACGUGGCAGCUGAACCCAACUUUCAUCGCCGGCGUGUUCAUCGUGUACGGGGUGGGGCAGGGCUUCUCCGGCUCGCUUUUCAGGGUGGUUACCGACUACUACUGGAAAGACGUGCAGAAGCUUCAACCCUCCACAGUCCAGUUCUACUUCGGCAUUUACUUCAUCCCGUGGCUCCUCAAACCGCUAUGGGGAAUCCUCACCGACGCUUUCCCCGUCGCCGGGUACCGCCGCCGCCCCUACUUCGUCAUCGCUGGAGUUCUCGGCACGGCCUGCGCUAUCGUCGUCGCGCUCUGGCAGGGACUCGCGGCUGCCGGAGCGGUGAUCUGCUUCGUUGGAGUUUCCGCGUCGCUCGCCAUCGCGGAUGUUACCAUUGAUGCGUGUAUUGCGAGGAAUAGUAUCGAGGUUCCGUCACUGGCGCCGGAGCUGCAGAGCCUCUGCGGGUACUGCGCUGGGAUCGGGGCUCUUGUUGGAUACCUUGCUAGUGGCUUCUUCGUUCACCAUCUUGGUCCCCAGGAGUCACUUGGUCUAAUGGCACUUUCUCCUGCUUUGACAAUUGUGCUGGGUUUUGUGAUGUAUGAAAACAGAACCAGUGGCUCGCAUAAUGAAAAGAAAGAGGUGGCGGUUGAGAGUGUAGGAAUGACAAUUAGAAGCAUGCACAAAAGAAUGAAGUGUCCUCAAGUGUGGAGGCCCUCUCUUUACAUGUUCCUUGCCUUGUCUCUUAAUUUAAGCAUUCACGAAGGCCAUUUUUACUGGUACACAGAUCCAAAAGCUGGUCCUGCAUUCUCUCAGGAGUUUGUUGGGUUGAUCUAUGCAUUUGGUUCAGUGGCCUCACUACUAGGGGUGCUAAUCUACCAGAAGACUCUAAAAGACUUUGCAUUUAGAAACCUUUUAUUCUAUGCACAGCUCUUCUAUGCCAUAUCUGGUGUGCUCGACCUGAUCUUCAUCCUACGCUGGAAUCUGAUCAUAGGAAUCCCGGACUACUUCUUCGUUUUCAUGGAAGAAACCGCCACAAGAAUCACAAGCAAAAUCAGAUGGAUGCCCAUGAUGGUGCUGAGCACCCAGCUCUGCCCGAUCGGCAUUGAGGGCACCUUUUUCGCGCUGUUGAUGAGCAUCGACAGCAGUGGUGCCCUCAUAUCCAAAUGGGGAGGCGGGUUGCUUCUUCGGCUCCUCCAUGUCACUAGGACCAACUUUACAAAUCUGUGGCUCGCUGCUCUCAUAAGAGACUUAUUGAGAUUUGCUACACUUGCUUUGGUUUUUCUUGUUCCUAAGGCAGGUCAGUAUGAGGGACUGCAUCUUUCUGAGGUUUAUGAAAAACACACCAAUGAUCAUGAUCAUGCAAGCGAAGAGACCUUGGAGCUUGUCCCCAUUAUUAGCAGAACUGAAGUUUAGAUAAAUUUUGUUGCAAUUCAUAUACACAUGCCGGACUUUCAGAUAUACACAAUUUUUUAUAUAGAUAAUGCUGAUUAACUCGAA